GCCAGGGCCGGAAAGGGAUAAGAGGAAUGAAGGGGACGGAGGGCCGAAGGGGACGCGGAGCGCUGACGGAGGAGGGAGGCCGCCUCGAACCGCCAUCCUUCCCGCUCCACUUCCGGGUUCCCCGCCGCGCCCCCGGGCGCCGACGUCACUGCGCGCGGACCCCGGAAGUGGAGCCGGACGGGGGCGAGCGGCGCCGUGCGCGGCGCCAGGAGCCGGGACGGUCGCGCGUCCCCCCGGUGACGGCACGUGCCAGGCCCGCCCCGCCGGCACCGGGCGCCAGAUUGCAUUUGGAAGAUUCAUGUACAUUUACCUUAGUGUUUUGAAUCUGUUGUCAAUUACUGUAGUGAUGGCUCAGCUUCAGCAAGGAGGCCCAGAUGAAAAGGAGAAGACUACAGCAUUAAAGGAUUUAUUGUCUAGAAUAGACUUGGAUGAACUAAUGAAAAAAGAUGAGCCACCACUUGAAUUUCCUGAUACUCUGGAAGGAUUUGAGUACAUGUUUAAUGAAAAAGGACAGUUGAGACACAUGAAAACUGGGGAACCAUUUGUUUUUAAUUACCGUGAAGAUUUGCACAGAUGGAACCAGAAGCGCUAUGAAGCUCUUGGAGAGACACUGUAUAAUGAUGCCUGGCAGUUUCUGUUGGAGUCAUUAUGGCAUGUCAUUCAAGAGCUGUCUUUACCUCAUGGCAAGAUCAUUACUAAAUAUGUUUAUGAACUACUGCAAAAGGAGUGCCACUUGAAGAAAGCAACUCUCCCAGUUGAUGCAACUGAGAGUGAACCAAAGAGCUUUAUCUUUAUGAGUGAAGAUGCACUAACAAAUCCUGACAAGCUAUUGGUCCUAAUUCAUGGUAAUGGUGUUGUCAGAGCUGGUCAGUGGGCUAGGAGACUUAUAAUUAAUGAAGAUCUGAACAGUGGCACGCAGAUACCAUAUAUAAAGAGAGCUAUUGAGGAAGGCUAUGGAGUAAUAGUACUGAAUCCCAAUGAGAACUAUAUUGAAGUAGAGAAGACAAAAGCCCAAGUACAGCUGUCUUCUGAUAGCUCAGAUGAACCUGCAGAAAAGAAGGAAAGAAAAGAUAAAGUCCAGAAGGAAACAAAGAAGCGACGUGACUUCUACGAAAAGUAUCGAAAUCCACAAAAAGAAAAAGAAACUAUGCAGAUGUAUAUUAGAGAUAAUGGAUCUCCUGAAGAACAUGCAAUUUAUGUUUGGGAUCAUUUUAUUUCCCAGUCAGCUGCAGAGAACGUGUUUUUUGUUGCUCACAGUUACGGUGGACUUGCCUUUGUAGAGUUGAUGAUUCAACGAGAAGCAGAAGUGAAGAAUAAGGUAACUGCUGUGGCGUUGACAGACUCUGUUCACAAUGUGUGGCAUCAAGAAGUUGGGAAAACUAUCCGAGAGUGGAUGCGAGAGAACUGCUGUAACUGGGUGUCCAGCUCAGAGCCCCUGGACACCUCGGUGGAGUCCAUGCUGCCUGACUGCCCACGCGUCUCCGCAGGUACAGAGCGCCAUGAACUCACUUCCUGGAAGAGUUUUUCAUCUAUUUUCAAGUUCUUCAGUGAGGCACUGGAGGCAAAGAACACCUCAGUGAAACCAACCCCAACACGCCGCUCCAACAGGAUAAAAUACGAAGAGCUGUAAAAAGAGGGGAAGAAAAUUGAAAAGCCAAAGCAACCACCACUAACCUCUUCACUGCUUGUUUUCUGCAAGGAGUCUCCCAGCCCCUCAUUAGAUUGUUUUCUUCCUAGAGCACAAGGUCAUGAUGUAUACAUCUAAAUAGCGUUUUGCAUUAUUUCUAGAUGAGUGCAACUGUCAAAGCAAUAUGGGUUCACUGGUUGUGCUUCCUGUGGGCUGUAACUUGGAUUUCGUGCUGCCCAUCAGUGCGCAGAUUAAGGCUGACAGUGGUACUGCACAGUGCAGCAUGGUGCAGCUCUAAUUACCCUGACGUAGCCUUGCACCAAGCUGAUGCCAGAAUUUAACAGCUUCGUCCCGGUCCUAUCGCCUGCAGGAUUUUUUGCUGCUUCCUCCUAUUUUGAGACAGAACAAAAUAGAAAUUACUCUUUUGUUUUUAAAAAAAAAAGAUGUCUCUAACUCAGAAGUGCUAACCAGCCCAUGGUUUUACACUCAGUAGUCUUCUCUUUCUCUGGGACCAAGUGGGAUCAGCUCUCGACUCUCUUUUUCUGCUGGUAGGAGGGUCCGAGAAGUUUGGUACAGAUUUAUGAGGAAGCCCCUUUGUUGCAGAGAUUUUUCUCCUGCCAAAUCAAUGGCAUUAUCUGUAGAUCUUCUCUUCCUUUUGAAAGCUCCACUUAAAAAAAAAUGCCUAUUCAUUAACUGGCUGGAUCACAGGGUGAAAUAUGAGCCAGCAGUGUGCCCAGGUGGUCAAGAAGGCCAAUGGCAUCCUGGCCUGUAUCAAAAAUAGUGUGACCAGCAGGACCAAGGAGGUAAUUGUCAUCUUGUACUGGGUGAGGCCACACCUCAAAUUCUGUGUCCAAUUCAGGGCCCCUCACUUCAAGGACAUGGAGGUGCUAGAACAUGUCCACAGAUGGGCAAUGAAGUUGGUGAAGGGUCUAGAGAACAGGUCUUGUGAGGACCAGCUGAGGGAACUGGGGAUAUUUAGCCUAAAGAAAGGCUGAGAGGAGGUACGAUCGUUCUACAACUACCUGAUGGGGUGUUGUAGUGAGGUGGACAUUGAUCUCUUCUCUCCAGGAACAACAGAAGAUGAGGAAAUGGAUUUAAGUUGCUCCAGGGGAGGUUUUGAUUGGACAAUAGGAAGAACAUUUUCACCAAGACUGUCAUUAAGCAUUGGAAUGGACUGCCCAGGGCACUGGUGGAUUCACCAUCCCUGGAGAUUUUCAAAAGAUGCGCAGAUUACUGACGGAUGUGGUUUAGCAAUGGACUUGGCAGUGUGAGGUUAGUGGUUGGACUUGAUGAUUGUAAAGGUCUUUUCCAACCAUAAUCAUUCUAUGAUUCUGUGAUAUAAUGGGGAAAAAAAACCCAACACGUUGCACAUUUUUCUGUUUAUUUUUAAACACAGAGACGCUUCUGUUUUCAUGUGCCGGGUUUAUAAUGAAUUUGCCAUCCCCUGGUUAUUCACUUUGUCCCUAAGAUCACGGGUUCCCCACUUUCCCAGAUGCUGGGGGGACCAGUGGGGUGGAGGGACGAUGUGUCUGUAGCCACCAUGGUCGCUGUCGGCAGCUUUUCUCCACUAAAACGUCUGAUAAGUGACAAGACGUGCCUGAUAGGGUGCCCACCGAGCAAGCAGGCUAAUUAAGCUCUUUUAGUAUUGAUGAUGCUAAACUGAAGUGAUCUUUUCUUCAAUGGCCGCGCCCGCCUCGCCUUUGGUGCUAUUAGUGCCGAGAAGGCAACAUUCAAAACACACGGGUUUGGGACUCCCGUCCCACCCACCCCUGUAUAACAUUUCCCAUCUCACAGCUGGGGGCCAGGAAUGCCGGGGAGCAGAGGGUUAAAACGUUUAAACGAGGCGAUACCAGAGCGAAGGUCCCUCCCUCCGCCGCGGGGCAGAGGCAGCAGUGCCCGUGGAGAGGGUGCAAGGGAAAACCUGGACGGUUUUCCCGGGAGGCAUUUCGCACGCUACCAGUGGCAGGGUCUUCCUUCUUCAGUCCUCCAGCUCCAGCUCAGCUACCUGUCCUCUUUCCAAGAAUCUCUCCCCCCGAGGCAGGGGUGUUCAGGCUGUGCCUAAGCGAAGUGCAGCGCAGAUCCGCGCCCGGCGGUUCUUCUUCCCCGAGAGGAAACUGUUGCUGGAGGCAGAGGCUUGGAGCCUCCACUCCAUCCCCCGCCCCCCUCGCUGCCUUCCUUCCCUGUCGGAGGAUGCUGCUGCCUGCAUAGAGGAACGAAUCUAUUCGUGCUCUGUCGCGAGAACGCAUCUAUUUUUUUAAGUGCCGAUGAGAAACGAAAUGCACAAAAAUUUCUACUUUUGCCCUUGGGUUUUAAGAUUUUUAUCUUUUUUUUCUUUACCAUGCUCCCGGUCUGGCUGACGUUACCGCUUCCGUGGGAGGCUGUAAAGCACACGGGAGGUCCUCGCCACCGGUAUUACUCCGCUUGCACUGAACACAAAAUAAAGAUGCUCUUUUCUCUGC